AUGGGCGCGGGAAAGCUGUUCACGCCAUGGAUCCUCGGCCCCACAAUCGAAAUAACAAUGUUUACACUGACCAGUUUCUCGACGCUGGUAGUGGCUACCCGGUUCUAUUGUCGAAUAUGGGUCGUAGGCAAGUUGAAGCACUAUGACUACUUGAUCGCUGCCGCAGUUCUCUGUACCUGGGGACUGUGUGUGAUCAACCACUAUCAGUGCUAUUAUGGGACCGGCACGGGUGCUUGGCCAGCAAACUGGCCGAUGCCUUCGCUAGAGUUUAUCAACGAAGUUCGACAGGGUUCAGCCAAAGUAUGGUACGCCUACCAAAUCGUCUACCUGCUUGACCCCGCCCUCAUCAAGCUCUCAAUCCUCGUCUUCUACCUGAGCAUUGCAACCCACAGGACCUUCCGGAUCGUCACCUACAUCACCAUCGGCUUCGUAGCCUGCAUGAGCACCGUCAUGAUCCUCGUCAACGCCUUCGAAUGCCCGCACAAACCCUCCCUUGCGCUUGCCCCAGACAUCUUCACCGAGCGAGACAAAUGGGGUUGCUUCAAUCUAGAGAAGCUGUACUUCAGCCAAGCAGGCUUGAACAUCUCCACCGACAUCUUCAUCCUCGUCCUUCCGCUACCGAUUCUCGUCAAGCUGCGUAUGCCGACGCUCAAGCGCAUUUCCCUGUUGCUCGUCUUUUCGAUCGGCCUGCUCGUCCCGAUUGCGGCAGCGCUCCGCAUCUGGGCCCUCUAUAUGUGGGCCACUGUGCCCGAGCUGGACAUGCAGCGAUAUUACGGCGGCUACAUCUUGUUCUGGGACCAAGUCGAAAUGAAUACCGCAAUCAUCUGCGCCUCCGCCCCAUCCCUGCAACCCCUCUUCAGAGCAGUAUUCGGCGAAUUAUCUCGAUUCCAGAGAUCGCGUACUUAUUACUUCUACGGUGAAGGCCAGUCCACGAUGACGCAGCGAACGAUUGGGAGGCGAGGUAGUCGACCGCUCGAACAAGAUCUUCCGCUGGAAAGCCCGGCAUCGACGUACCGCCCGCAGAAGCACGAAAUAUCAGACGACAUACACAACGACGUUAUCGUCGUCAGGGAAAUGGAUGAAGAGGAGGAGAUUCGGAAUCGCGUUCGCGCGUUUACAGCGAGGCCUCCGAGUUCACACUCGCAGCCGCCGAAAUCGCCGGCACGACCAAGAGAUAUUCUGGCUUCGGGGUGA